AGAACCAAACUUGAAGUAUCUACCAGCAGGCCACUACGCAGGAUGUAUAAAUUGAGUUCCCGACUUGGUAAAAAUCGGCGUUUACAUGGAAUCUCCGACUCGAUCUGGUCCCGGCCAAUCGACGAUAAAUACCAAGGCAACCACGCGAUUCACCGCCCACGCCGCCUCGAAAUAAGCUGCACAUUUCUCAUCGUUUCAUCGAGCCAGUCAAUUGACGACUGACAUUCAGGACAAUAUAUUACUUCGAAGAGAGCUCAUUCAUCGCACAGCUUCGUGAAUAAACAAGUCACUUACAUUGAUUUUCCACACCAAGAACCGUUGACUAUACCUUGAACCAAACCCAAACCAUCGUCGCGCAAUCUACCCCCCCUCCUUCUUAAACAACCACACGACCCCGUCUACACCAACACAUCAGCUCGAACAGUCCUAAUCAAAUCAACAUGUCCGAACCCGGCCCCGAAUCAAUCCCCACGAGCGCCGACCCGCGCAGCAAACGCCCCGUCAAACGCCGCGCCGUGACCCCUCACUCCGAACACGCCACGCAGAUCGAAUCUCUCUUCCGGGAUCCCACAAAAGAGAUCAAACUUCCGGAUCCCUCCAAGCAGCGCACCUCGUCCUCGUUACCUCCUCCGCCGGAGAUUGUCGCAAACGUGCAGGGUUCCUCGGCGGGUGCGGGGUCGGGAGAGUUCCACGUGUACAAGGCGAGUCGGAGGAGGGAGUAUGAGCGGUUGCGGUUGAUGCAGAGCGAGGUGGAUAAGGAGGCGGAGGAUAAGGAAUGGGAGAAGAAGAGGGAAGAGGCGCGGCGGAAGGAUGAGGAGAAGACGGAGAAGAAUCGGAAGAGGAGGGAGAAGAGGAAUGCGAAGAAGGGGAAGAAGAAUGCGGCGAAUGGUGAUAAGAUGGUGGUUGAUGAGGUGGGGAAGAAAGAGGUUGGGCCGAGUGUUCAUCAGGAUGGGGAGAAGGAGGUUGGUGAUGCUCCGGUGGAGGCUACGGAGGUCACUGGGGUGAUCAUUCACGAGGAUUGAGUAGUAUACGGCGCGGGGUAAUCCGGGGGGAUUCCUCGAAGUGUACGAUAUGAAGAUACCCAUGUAAUAUUUGGUCUAGGAUAUUCAUACAGAUUCAAAAGUAAUCGUGCAGCAUUAUGUACGCAGUUUUAA